AUGUCAUCGGAAUGUAAAAUCCACCUCCUAGACGGAGGUCUUGGCACUACCCUCGGAGACUCCCACCAAGUACAAUUCACAGAAAAGGAACCUCUCUGGUCUUCUCAGCUUCUUAUUCCGACACAUCCCCAUGGACCUAACACGCUCCUCGCUACUCAAAAGUCCUUUGUAGAUGCCGGUGCUGAUAUCUUAUUAACUGCUACUUAUCAAGCGAGUUAUGAAGGAUUUGGAAGAUCUGGCUAUGCUGUUCAUUCCCACUCAUCCUCUGGUUUCGAGAAAGAAGAUGGAGAUAAAGAAGAAGUCAACGAGAUCAUGAGAAGCGCGGUAGAUAUCGCUUCCAAUGCAUUUUCUGUCAAAAAAGAUUCGAAUGGCAAAAUUGCACUAAGUCUUGGUGCAUACGGUGCAAUCAUGACCCCAGGACAAGAAUAUACGGGAAAAUAUGAUGAUCAACAUAAAUCAAGCGAACAUCUGAGCUCGUGGCAUCAUGAAAGAAUUUCUGUUUUCUCGAGGGAUCCAAAAUCUUGGGACAGAGUUGAUUAUGUGGCUUUUGAAACCAUUCCGUUAUUGGAGGAGAUUGAGGGUGUAAGGAAAUCUAUGGGAGAAAUAGAAAGGUCGAAUGGUGGAAAGACCGGAAGCAAGCCAUUUUGGGUUACAUGUGUAUUUCCUGGCGAGGGAAAUGGGUUGCCGGAUGGAAGUUCUGUACAACAAAUUGUGCAAGCGAUGUUGAGCAAAAAAGAAGGUUCCCCAGUACCAUUUGGCGUUGGUUUGAAUUGUACCAAAGUUGGAAAAGUCGAAGCUUUGAUACUGGACUUCGAGCGUGAAGUUAGGUCUUUAAUUGAAAAGGGAGAUGUUAGUGAGUGGCCAUCUCUGGUAGUAUAUCCCGAUGGAACAAUCAAGGGAGAAGUCUACAAUACCUCUACCAAAGUAUGGGAAAUUAGGGAACCACCCGGAAAAGAAGAUUUGCAGUGGGAUGAAGCAGUUCUGGAGAUUGUCAGGAGGACAAGGGACAGAGGUUUGUGGAAGGAAAUUAUUGUGGGAGGUUGCUGCAAAACUACACCAAGGGAAAUUGGAAAGCUGAGAGAGAGGAUCGAUCGGUUAAUUAAGGAAUAA